AUGUCAUCUUCCUCUAACAUUACUUCCUCUUCUGUGAUCUUUUUCCUGACAGGAGUCCCAGGACUAGAAGGUGCCCAUGCCUGCAUCUCCAUCCCCUUCUGCUGUCUCUACUUCACUGCCCUCUCUGGGAAUGGUAUAAUCCUAAUUGUCCUCAUCACUGAGUCGAAUCUCCAUGAACCUAUGUACUAUUUCCUCUCUAUACUCUCAACCACCAACCUGGGCUUGUGUAUUUCGACAUUAGUCACUAUGCUGGACAUAUUCUGGUUCAAUACAAGAGAGAUCAAUUUCCAUGCUUGUGUUGCCCAGACAUUCUUCAUUCAACUCUUUACUGCCAUGGAGUCCAUAGUGCUCCUAGCAAUGGCAUUUGACCACUUCAUUGCCAUUUGUAACCCACUGAGAUAUGCUACAAUCUUGACUGAUUCCAGAAUCGUCAAAGUGUGGUUUGCCAUUCUCGUCAGCGGUACCGUGAUCCUAAUGCCUCUGGUCCUGCUUCUUAAACAACUAUCCUUCUGCCAAAGCUAUGUGCUCCAUCGUUCUUAUUGUUUCCAUCCUGAUAUAAUCCAGCUCUCAUGUUCUGACAAUAAGAUCAACGGUGUUUUAGGACUUACUGCCCUCAUAGUUACUGCAGGAGUGAACUCCACCUUUAUUCUUCUCUUCUAUAUCCUGAUUAUGAAGACCAUCUUAAGCUUUGUUUCCCCAGAAGAACAGCAUAAGGCCUUUAGCACUUGUACCUCCCACAUAGGUACUGUUACUGUCUUCUACAUCCCUCUCAUGAUCUUGUGCUUUGUCCAUAGGUUUGGGGGAAAGUUGCCCCCUUAUGUGCAUACUCUUAUGCCCAAUAUGUAUUUGCUUAUUCCACCAGUGAGGAAUCCCAUUAUUUAUAGUGUGAAAACCAAGCAGAUCCGUAGGGCCAUUAAAAAAGUUCUCUUUCCCAAGGGGUCUGAGAUCUCAUUCUAA